AUGCUGACCUUUCUCGGGCUGGCUACUAGGCCUCGAACGUACUCUCGCGCCCUCAUUUCCGUGGAUUCUUCUCGUCAGACCGCUCCACCGACAAUGCUAGUCAAAACACUCGAACGCCGCAUUUCUCAACUUGGAAUCACAAAUUUGAAAGAGGACCAUCUAGUCUACUCGCUACAAUCACCCCAUGCGCAAGGAGAUGUGGACAAAGCCUUUGAGUUGCUCCUGCUUCUCGAGGAUUCAAUCGAAGGAAUAGUACGAGACUAUACCCCGCGCACGAAGCUUCUGGGAGCGGAGAACCGAGAGAAUGUCACUUGCUACCUGGAUGCACUGCUUUUUGCCAUGUUUGCACGCCUGGAUUGCUUCGAGGCAAUUCUUUACAAGUCCUUUAGUGAUGAGCCCCGCCGAAAACUUGCCAUACUAUUGAGACUUUGGGUCAACAUGCUGCGCUCGGGAAAGCUUAUCACGACGGACCUUACAAAACACUUGCAGGAUGCGCUUGCUGAAUGUGGCUGGGAGGAUGCGGCCAAACUCCGUCAACAGGAUGCCUCGGAGGCAUUCACCUUCAUCACAGAAAAGCUAGAAUUACCACUCCUUACUUUGAAGAUGGAUAUAUAUCACACUGGAAAAGAGGAUAUCAGCGGUGAUCACAAAUUCGUCAACGAAAGACUGCUGGAAGUGGCAAUCCCAGAACCGGAAGAGGGGAAAACGGUGACACUGGAAGACUGCCUGGAAUCAUACUUCAACAAUAAGAUUGAAGUGAAGCGCCACCUAGAACGACGCAAUACGGUGAGCUCCACGAAGUCAGUCGAUUCUAUGGCCAAGGGUCUCACGACGCACGUCGAAACCGUGGAAGUCUCCCCCUCACCUUCUGCCUCACCAACAGUGUCAACUCCCGUGCGACUUGAUAGCAUGAAUUCGAUAUCGUCAGUGACGGGAACGGGUAAUACAGACUCUCAAAUGCCUCGACGAAGCAGCAUCGUACAGGAACGGUUUAUACCAGACCCUGAAGACGAAAAAGCGGACGACUUGGGUCCUAUAACGUCCCAGAGAAGAGGUUCUUACAGAAAGGAGGUCAUGAUGCCUGCGUGGCAAUUCUUCAGUCUAAUUCCGUGGUACACUGAUAACACUCCCACCAACGAUGCGCAGGUCGCAGCGCACUUUUCCUCAAAGCGACCGAUUCUUGGCAUGUGCCUGAAGCGCUACUCCAUGCUACCCAGUGGGAAAGCAAUCCGACUCGAUACCUUUGUCGAUAUCCCAACGGAGAUUGGGCUGCCACAUUUUAUCCAGGACGAUAGUAUGGACGCAGAAGGCCCGAUCUAUGGAAGCUUUAAAUUAUCACUGCAAGCGAUAGUUUGUCACCGGGGUACUUCGGUCGACUCAGGACAUUACAUCGCUAUUGUUCGGGGUACUAGUGCCGGUGCAGCUCCGGCUAGCUCCCAUGGGGUCGAAGACAAUGCUUCGAACGCCCCGCGGUAUUGGAUGCGCUUCGACGAUCUGGCCAAAGAACGUGUGACUCUGGUUGAUAUUGAACAAGCCUUGAAGUACGAAUCGCCCUAUCUGCUGUUCUAUCAGAUACUGCCUGUCGACGAGGACGCGGCGGUGGCCAACUUCCCCAGUAAGGUUUCUUCCGAGGAACUAUCCGAGGAAAUUCACGACAUGGACCCUGCGGUCAUGCAGAAUCUCAAUCUAUCGCCUGCGGAUGGCCGUGAUAGUGAUCGCCCCGAGACAUUUCAUCGGCACCGGCCGAGCUUUGAAAUUACCGGCCCCGAUAAUGCGGAGAACGUACAGUUGGACCUGAAUGAGAGAAAGCAAAGUAUAGCCUUCUCAGACUCCGCGAAUCAAGCCGGGGGAUUAUCAGUCUAUACCGCUUCGUCUAGUUCACCGCAGCUUGGCCCUAGAGACGACGAUGGUAGAAGGAACUCCAACACCUUCUCUCGACGUAGCUCAAAGCCGACCAAAAGCAAUCCUGGUAGCCGCGCCGGAAGCCAUAGCAGUGAAAAAAGGAUCAGCACUACCCUUUCGCGGUUCACUGGGCGGCUCAGCAGGGAUAAAAUCAGCAAUGACGGGUUCUCACUUGAAGGCGACGACGAACUACCCGGAGGCAACGACUUGGCUGCUCACCUCGGGGAGAAGUCGGGCCCCGGAAGUGGUGAAACCACCAAAGAGAGACUCUCAUGGCGGUCGUCAAGAGACGCAGGCAAGCAGCGAGAAAAGUCCAAGGAGAAGCAACGGGAGAAGAUUGGACGAAAGCUGGAACGAGAUUGUUAUGUCGCUCCCGGCAAUCUGGCUGAUUCCCCCGACGCCUCUCUCUCCAUGUUCGAUGUCCGACGUGUCCAGCUCCAGUUCCCGCUAGCUGCGGACUUCGUUGCUGCGCAGGUCGCCAACAAUGUGCUUGUUCUGGCCCUGUCAACGGGUCGUAUCCUUCGUAUCGAUUUGGAUACCCCCGAGGACAUAGACGACAUCGACCUCCCGAAGAAGUCCUCGGAAACAGGAGUGAUCCGACGCAUGUUUAUGGACCCCUCCGCAUCGCAUCUAAUCAUCGCGACCACCUUGGGCGAGAACUACUACCUCCACACCCAAUCGCGGCAACCGAAACCACUGUCGCGAUUGAAGGGCGUUUCGAUCGAGAGUGUCGCUUGGAACCCUUCGGUACCAACAGCUUCAACGAGGGAGAUCCUCCUAGGGACCACCGAUGGCACUGUAUACGAGGUCUACAUUGAGCCGUCAACGGAAUUCUAUCGCCGCGAGGAGAGACACGUGAGCGUGGUCUACAAGGUGCCGGAAGCUUCGCCGGUAACGGGAGUCUGGGCAGAGCUGAUCCCGACCAAGCCUGACCUGCGACGGGUGCUGCUUGGAACCCAUAGUCGGCUUACUUAUUUCGUCGGCCGUACGGGGCGCAGUGGAAGAGAAGGGGGUAGCUCAAUUUACGCCGAUCUCUUUCAACGGGAAACACCGGCGGUCCAUGAGAUCCAGAAACCGUCCGGCGCGGCGCCGUCAGCUUUGGUCAUUGCCUCGUCUAUGCCCGACAGUCCGAGUGUGGAUUCGCAUCCGGACAAGGAGUUUGCAUGGCUCAGCUCGCAAGGUAUCUAUCAUGGCCAGCUACCAUAUGCCUCAGAUCAGCUCAACCAGCCAUUCGAGAAGUCAAGUAUGCUUUCACGAUCAGUCUUUCCGGCUAGCGAAUCUGCACGGGGAGGCAAGAAACUCAUUCAAGACCCCAUAACUGCCUUGACACUCUCGCAAUGGCACAUACUGGCGCUGGUCGAAGGGAGGGUUGUUGCUGUCAACCGCAUGAAUGAUGAAAUUGUCUAUGACCAGGCAGUGCUCGAACCUCGACAAACCACCCUCGGUCUUUUAACCGACUCGAUGCAGCAUACAUAUUGGCUAUUUACCAGUCAAGAAAUCUUCGAGGUCGUGGUCGAAGAUGAGGAUAGGGAUGUUUGGAAGAUCUUCCUGCAGAAGCAAAUGUACGAUCAAGCUCUUCAGCACGCUCGAACUAGCGCUCAAAAGGAUGCUGUUUCCACCGCCUCAGGCGAUUUCCUUGCGACCAAGGGGCGUUAUCUCGAGGCAGCAAAGGUUUGGGGCAAAAGUAGCAAGGGGUUUGAAGAGGUUUGUUUGACCCUGAUCAACCGAGGAGAACACGAUGCUCUGCGAAAGUAUCUUCUUUCCCAACUAGCGACGUACAAGAAGUCGUCGUCGAUGCAACGGAUCAUGGUUGCAAGCUGGCUAGUGGAAGUGUUCAUGUCCAAACUGAACUCCCUUGAUGAUAACCUAGCCACCAGAGCAGAACUGGCCGAGGGGACAAGCACGGAAGAAAUCAGGUCCAACCUCGAUGAUGUUCGCGCAGAGUUUCACGAAUUUGUGACCAAGUAUAAACUUGACCUGGACAAGAAGACAGUUUACGACAUCAUCAGCAGUCAUGGUCGGGAGGAGGAAUUACUUUUCUUUGCCACAGCCGUGAACGAUCACAACUACGUUCUCUCUUAUUGGAUCCAGCGAGAGAAAUGGACCGAGGCGCUCAAUGUGCUCCAAAGACAAAGUGAUCCUGACGUCUUCUAUAAAUAUAGCAGCGUGCUCAUGACCCACGCUUCCACAGGAUUAGUCGACAUACUCAUGCGACAGACUAAUCUUGAACCUGAACGCCUCAUACCCGCCUUGCUGAACUACAACAAGACGGUGAAUGUUGCUCUUAGUCAGAACCAGGCCGUCCGGUAUUUGAACUUCAUCAUCGUUAAUCACCCCCGACCCUCGGCUGCAGUACACAACACCCUCAUAUCGAUCCAUGCCUCGAGCAACUCCACCACGGAAGCUGGGCUUCUGACCUAUCUGCAAUCGCAACCAUCAUCCCCACCCCCGUAUGAUGCCGACUUCGCUCUCCGCCUUUGCAUCCAUCAUGAGCGUGUGCAGUCAUGCAUCCACAUCUACAGUGCCAUGGGACAGUAUCUCCAGGCGGUGGAGCUGGCUCUACAGCAUGAUGAUAUUGAAUUGGCAGCUAUCAUCGCCGACAGGCCCGAGGGCAAUGACAAACUCCGGAAGAAGUUGUGGCUUCUCGUGGCGGAGAAAAAGAUUCAACAACCAGGCACCGGCAUCAAAGAUGCCAUCGAAUUCCUGCGUCGAUGCGAGCUCCUCCGCAUUGAGGAUCUCAUCCCCUUCUUCCCGGACUUCGUCGUCAUCGACGACUUCAAGGACGAGAUCUGCAGUGCCCUCGAGGAUUAUUCACGGCACAUUGACGCGCUGCGCCAGGAGAUGGACAAUUCCGCGCAGACCGCACGACAGAUCCGAAAUGAGAUCUCGGGUCUGGACACGAGGUACGCCAUUGUCGAGCCCGGGGAAAAGUGCUGGCUCUGCUCCCUUCCAGUUCUCAGCCGGCAGUUCUUCGUCUUCCCGUGUCAACAUGCCUUCCACAGCGACUGCCUAGGCAAGGAGGUCCUCGAGGGGGCGGGCGGAAAGAAGAAAUACAUCCGUGACCUGCAGGCGCAGCUGAACAAGGGGGACAUUGGCCCGGCUCGACGGGAGGAUAUCGUACGAGAACUAGAUGGAUUGAUCGCUGAAGCAUGCAUUCUAUGUGGUGACCACGCCAUCAAACAGAUCGAGAAGCCAUUCAUCACUGAGUCAGACAGAGCCGAUGAAUGGGCUCUGUAA